AUAGUUUAUCGACAGUAUUAUGAAGUACUUUUCAAAACCGUAAAACUUGUACAUUCUCGUUUUGAUUUCACCCGCAACAAGAUGUCUGUUGUAAACGUUUUGGUAUUGUUGCUGUGCAUAAUCGUUAUCAGUGAACGAUGCGCAUCUUUACACGAUAAACAUGAUUUUUUAGACAAUGUACAUUCUCCAGCUGGCGCCAUGAAAACUAAGAACAAUGGGUUUUGGGAUCCUUUGGACCUGCCGAAAAGCUUCGACGCCCGGGCAAAAUGGUACAUGUGUCCGUCCAUUGGACAGAUAUACGACCAAGGUAACUGCAAGUCAAGCUACGCUAUUUCUGUGGCGUCAGCUGUAAGUGACCGGAUCUGCAUCCAUUCAAAUGGGACGAUAAAACCAAAACUGUCGGCACAACAGAUAUUGUCCUGCUGCUACCUGUGCGGAGAUGGCUGUUCGGGUGGCAGCCAUUUUGAAUCUUGGGACUUCUACAGAAGACACGGAUUGGUUUCCGGGGGUGAAUACGGUUCGGACGAGGGAUGUCAACCGUACACGAUUGAACCGUGCCAGCAUACGGAAACUGCAGUAGAAAACCCGUGCUCGAAUAAAACAUUUUUCACUCCAGAGUGCAAGGUUCAAUGUUACAACCCCGAUUAUGGGACGAGAUACGUGAAAGACAACCAUAAAGGUGCACAAUGUUUACAUAUAAAUUAUAUUUUGUAUACAUCAAUACAAUUAUUAUUCUAUAUAAAACAUAAAACAUUCAAAUUAGUUUUUGAAAAUAAAUUGUUGUGAUACGCAUUACACAUC